GAGCGCUGAAAGAAGAAAGAAGACUCUAGCAGCGGCACAUUUCUACUCUGCAGCGGCUCAGACACACAGCGACACUGUCCUUCAACAAAAGUUCCUAAAGCAGCCAUGGACGGGAUGACGUUUGGACCCACGUCGCUCCUGUGCACCUUGCUGCUGUGCGCGUUACAAGCAUGUCGCGGUGCUGUGAUGGUGAAGACGACUCCUACAGUGGAAGUGAUAAUGGGAGAGUCGGCCAAUCUGCCCUGCAGUUACACUGUUUCUCCAACGACAAAAACUACAGUAGUAGAAUGGUACAUUGAGGACCAGGGAACCAGAAAGCGUGUUGCUUUCCGCUCACAGGGCAACGAGGGGAAGGGUGAUGAGGGCACGCCUCUAAGUGGGCGGGUCACCAUAGGAGAAGACUUUACCUUGACCAUCUCUCCUGUUCAACCCUCAGAUGAGGUCUCCUUCAUCUGCCAGGUCACUGCUGGCUCUGCUGGGGUUUCAGACUCCACCACCAUGCUGAAAGUGUUCUAUGCUCCCGAGAAGCCAGAACUCAGAUCUUCCAGUCAGGCUAUUUCUGCAUUAUUGAAGGGCAGCUCUGAGAUCGGAACGUGUGUGACAAUGAAUGGACAUCCUCAGCCAAGAAUUAUCUGGUACAAAGAUGACCAGCCCCUACCUGAGGUCAAAAACAGGACAGAGUUGACCUACAUGAUUUCUUCACUUGUGAAGGAGGCAUCUGGCCUCUACACCAUCAAGAGCAUCUUGCACAUGCGGCCCACCAAAGCAGACAAGGACUCUGUGUUCCAGUGCACCGUAGAGUACAGCAUGCCAGGAGGACAGAUCAAGAAGAAGAAGUCAGACACCAUCACCAUUAACCUGAACUAUCCCUCAGAGAAGGCGAGCAUGUCUCUACUCAACACGACCCCAGUCAAAGAGGGAGACAAUGUGACCAUGAAGUGUGAGACUGAUGGAAACCCUCAGCCUGAGUUUGAGUUCAUGAAAGAUGGAAGUUCCAUAACUGGCCAAGGGGGCCUGCUCACGCUCACAUCUGUCAAGCGUACGGCCUCUGGUGUGUAUCAGUGUCAUGCCAUUGAUUUCGAUAAUCUUGAUGCUGACCUGAGUGCAGAGGUCACCCUCAGUGUUAACUACAUUGACCCGAUAAGCGUGACCCCUGCAGGCACAGUGGUUGUCCAGCUUGGAGACAUGGUGGAGUUACAGUGUAAGACCAAGGCCUCUGAUACCUACACGCUUCAGUGGAAGAAGGACUCUGAGGUGCUCUCUCAGACGGGCGUGCUUUCCAUACCGCAUAUUUCUUAUGAUAAAGGUGGAGAUUACAUGUGUGUAGGAGCUGUGCCGUCUGUGCCGGGACUGACAGCCAGCGAGAGUGUCACCAUCACUGUCAAAGGAAAGCCAAUGAUCGAAGGUCCCACUGGUGGAGAAGUGUCAAAAGAAGGAGACUCAGUGACACUGAAGUGCUCUGCCUACGGCUACCCUCCACUUCAGUUUUCGUUCACACCCUCAGGAAAAGAGUCGGUAUCAGUCGAAGGUAACAAGGUGGUGAGUGUGGUGACCCUACCAGCUACGGCCGCAGUCAUGAAGGACGGGGUGACCUGUGAAGUUUCUAAUGAGUAUGGAAGUGAUCGCAAGAACUUGCCAGUAGCUCUCAAAAAAUCGGCUGGCAACUCCAGUGACAGAGUGCUGCUCUCUGGAAACCCUGCGCUUACGUCAGCUGACAAGCAGCAGGGAGGCUCCAGUGAGGUGGUAAUUGCUGUGGUGGUUUGCGUCCUGCUGCUGCUGCUGCUGGUGGUGGCCAUCAUCUACUUCCUGAGCAAGAAAAACAAGCUGCCCUGUGGCAAGACGGUCAAGAAGGAAAUAACAAGGGGGGAGGUGAACAAUGACACUGUGGUGGAGAUGAAGAAGGGGAAGUCCCACGAAGAGACGGUCCUCCUCAACAAGAAGCCACCAACAGAACAGUGAUGAACUGAGCUGCUGAAUUUCACCAAGAGGACGAUGAAAAGAAGACAGACAGCAGUUAUGGAGACAACAGGGCUAUUUUCUUUUCUUUCUUUUUGUUUUUUUGUUUGUUUAUUUUUUUUUUGAACACCAGAUGAUUUCGAUGGACUAUGGAUGGCGGAGAUCUGACUGGGGGAAGAGGCACACUGUGUAUAGCAUUAGGUAUGCUAGUUUUAUAAACUGCAGUACACGUGUUGGGUGGAGUUUGUCUUUUUAUAAUUGACUAUAAAAGAUAAAACUCUCCCUGACUUCACUACGACAGCUUUAAAACGGUUCCUGUGAAACAUCAUCAUGUGUAUUUCAUCACUGAGUUAUGUUAUUACCAGGGCUUCAUUGGUUCUUCUUUUUUCCCCACUUUUUUUUAUUUUAAAUCUAUCCCAAAUGAACCAUAAGACUGUCAUUCAAACACUGUGCUGUUUUCAGUUUUUAUAUAUUUUUUUUUAUAUGUGUGGAUUUACUGUUUUAAAUCUAAGUGUAACACUGAAAUGACUGUUUUGUCUCGCAGUUAGCACUUAGCAAACAGCGUGCUUGCGAAAUUACAGUGGUAAAACAAUUCUCACAGGCUGCCAUCUGUUUGUUUUGUGUUUUUUUAAUGUGUGUGGUUUUCCCACUUCAAUAACAAGUGAUGAUUUAUAUUCACAAGAUUUAGUCCUUAAACACACUGGCAUACAUGGCUGUUGCUUUUGUACUUUUUUAUUGCAUAUUUGCCACCUGCGAAUGCAUUUUUUUCACCACCCAUAAUUAGCUUUCUGUAGCAAAAGCCCAUGCUUUUAAUAAUGCCAAUGCCUUCUCUGAAAUUGCUUGUUUUUUGUUUUUUAAAAUCGGUUUAAAAAGCCACAUAGCAAGCAAGCUAUUAGGAUGUACAAAUUUGUUCUUGCCAUUUACAUGGUACGUGUAUAUUAUGUUAGUUCAACUGUUCAUUUGUUUUCCCUUUUCUCAUUUUCUCUGUAAAUUGAACCUUUAAAUGUCCUGUCUAUCACACAUGAGGUGCACUGUGUAUAACGCGGAGCUAAAGUGGCAGCCUGAGUCCAUCACCAUGACUGCUUUUAUAGCUUUAUAGUCAUUGUGUUCAGAAAUAAACUAUUAGCUCCUGCUGUAAAGUUCCAAUCUGCUGAAAUGGUUGACAAUCUCAGACUGUGUUAUUGAACUUUCUGUAGUCCCAGAUUUAGAAUUUAGUUUGAUAACAGGGCGCUGAAGGGAAGGUAUGGGAGUGUACCUGGAGCGCGUGAUGCACAUUAGUUUAAUGAAAAUUAAAUAAUUUGUUAAAGUGUGACAGCAGCAUUUGGUUAUGUCUAGGGCCCGGUUUCAUACAACAGUCUAAUUUUGUUUAGUGGAAUAAACUCACAUAGCCGACUCAUCUAUUAACAUUAGUCGUUGCGCAAAGUGUUUAGUCGAUUAAAGUUUUGUGUUACCCGACUAAAGUUUUUAACCUGGUACAGAGGAGGCUAAUCUUAUUUCAAUCUACAAAACUUCAGUGUCUUACCUCAAAAAAGUUGGCUAUCAUGUAUCACCACUUGAUGGAGGAAGAAGGAAGGCGAGACUUGCAGCAGGAGCAGGUGUUCCAGGACUGGAAUAAUCCAGUGGACAUGUUUACGGACGUCAAGAUCGGGAGCACUUCUCUCUGCUGCGGCAGACUCAGCCAUGUUUGUAUCACACGAACCAACCUGGAAGCAAACAAAAUCGUCGCGCAUUGGAGGCAUUUCUUGGCAACGGCACUCGCAAGGCCACUAUGACCAUGAAAAUUGUUGAUUAACGCAAGAUGGCUGAUCUACAAGUUUAGCCGUCAGUGUGAAAUGGAGAUUAGACACAAAAUGUUGGGCAGCUAACCUUAGUAGACUAAGUAAGCUUAGCAGACUAAAAGAUUAGACUGCUUUAUGAAACUGGGCCCAGGCAUACAAUUCAAACAUUUUAUGGGGUUACAUUUGUGUCAAAAGUGUUGAUGUUUCUGUGGUACUGAAUGAAAUAAAAAAUGAACUGUGAUGAAUCAGACACAAACAAUAUGAACUCAGUAACAUGAAAAUUCACUAAGGCAUCUUUGCAUAGCUAAUACUGCAAUCUGUUGUACUCAGAAUUCUGAAAAUGUCAGUUUGAUCAAAUUGUGUUCAAAUCAGUGUCUUCUGAAUGUCAACACAAAGUUGGCAUUAGCUUCUCAUGCCUGUGGAUAGCCUAAAUAUCUACAGCAGAGCUACUUAAACUGUUAUUAUUAUUUUGUUAAUGGUAUCAUUUUUAUUUCAUUCACCAUUUGUGACUCUAUAGGCUGGUGGCAUUCAGUAUGUGUUACGUCAUGUCAGACAUGAUGUAGUGUUUUUUUAAGAAGGAUACAUAUGGGCAUUGUUACUAAGAUGAAAAAACAUGUUUUGCUCACAUAAAGUAGAUGAAUAGUCCAGAAUCUAAAGCUAUUCCUGUCACAUACCUGUGUUAUUGCUUUUCAGACCAUAAAGCAUUGACUAAAAUUGCCCCAUAAAUUAGGUUGUUCUUGUUGCUGUUUGUAUUUCUGUCUUUCUUUCAGCAAGAUAAUCUCAAAAAGGAUAUGAAUAGAUUUUAAUGAAAUUUGAUGGAAUGUUCCAACUUUCCACCCAAAAAAGGGGGUCAAGAAAGACCCAUGUUGAACUUUGGCCUGGAUCCAGAUUAAGGCACAGGUCCAUCCUUUGAUCUCUGAUUGUGAUUCUUUUGAAUCAUGGAUGGAUUAGAGGACCAAGGAAAUAGGCAGUCAGUGUCUACAUUCAGUGACCAGGAUCAAAGGUCAGGGCCACAGAUGCAAUAUGAGAGCUCAAGAUCAAAGAUAAAUUUUUAGGAUUCCAUGGAUAUUUUUCCAUCAAUAUACUUUGGCUCAACUUCUGAUUGGGGUCACCACAGCAGAUCUGAUAGGUUGAUUUGGCACACGGUCAUACCAAUGCCCUUCCUGAUGCAACUCCACAUUGCAUGAAGAAUGGGCACCUUCUUUUUUCGAAGCAACAGCAUCAACCACCUGGCAGCCAUGCUGAAUUCGGUUUAGGUAUUAUCUUAAAUUAACCUCUGAAUUGUUGAGUUUUGAUUUUGCCAAUGUAAUGCCAUUUAUUUGUGGGUGUAAGGUCUCAGGAGGAUAAAGAGGACUCUGGAGCCUUGGUGGAGGUAUGAGCGCUGCCUGGUUAUUUAUUUAGUUUUUUUUGUUUGUUUGUUUGUUUUUUGCCUUGGAUCAGUUGAGAAUAAACUCUUGCUUAUCAUCUUUUAACUGAUGCAAUUCUUGACCACCAAUUGAAGUAAGGGGUUGUCUCAUGAAACACAACAUAGUAUGCCAUCUGUGAAACAACACUUACUCAAUUCAUCAUGUUUCAUAAUGUAGCCCAGAGGAAACACACAGCACAACCCAAUCACCAUAUGGGGAGCCCUCCUAGAAAUAGAUUUUCUUUGUUUGAACAUAUUUAACAUUGCUAUUGCAGGCGAAAUAUCAAUAUUUUUGACAUACCACAAAUGUAAUCCCAGUUUCUUAGAUUUUAAAAGUGGUACAACAGAGGUUUAAUGUGCUGUUUAACUUUAUUGUACACUGGAACCAAUAAGUGUAUUGAUAAUGGAAAAAAGGUCACUGUAAACAUAUUAAAAUUUAUCAGACCUGAGAUGGCAGUAAUGAUAGCUCAGUGAACUUUGAACUCCUUUUAUGUUUUUAACGUUUUAUAUAAAAUACUGGGUCUAUUUGUUUUUCUGUGGAAAGGGGAUUUUGUUUUAAAACUACUGAAUUAAAUGCUUUUUCUUUUUUUUACUUGCUGAGAGAAGAGAGAAUUCUUUUGCUUUUGAUAUUUUGCUUUUCAUAUUGUCAGUGCUUCUCUGUAUAUUUUGUGAUACGCUGUUGUGAUUUCUAUAGUGUAUUGAUGUACCUUUUAUUCCUGAAUGUGCACAUGUUCAAAUGAAAACACUUUCACAC